GAUGGCGAUGAAGAAAAGCAACGAUUCCAAGUAGAACUUGAGUUUCUACAAUGUCUUUCGAAUCCAUGGUAUCUUAAUCACUUGGCACAGCAACAAUAUUUUAAAGAUCCUGCCUUUCUUCGUUACUUGGAUUAUCUCCAGUACUGGAAGCAACCAGAAUAUGCCAAAUUCGUUGUCUAUCCCCAUGCACUCCAUUUCUUAGAUAUGCUUCAGCACGAACAGUUUAGAGAAUAUAUCAGUACAUCGGAAAACACUCAAGAAUUACAUAGAAUGCAAUACUAUCAUUGGAUGUUCUUGCGAAAC